UUACAGCUCACACACACACACACACACACUCCUCUGGUUUCUCUCAUCACACACACCCAGCAAAGCACAUGUGUUUCAGAGUGGAGCAGCGACAGAAGGAUGCAUCAUGAAGUCUCAGCAGAAAUGCAUUGUGAUCUUUGCCUUGGUGUGCUGCUUCGCCGUGCUGGUGGCGUUGAUUUUCUCGGCGGUGGACAUUUGGGGCGAGGACGAAGACGGGAUCACUGAGGAGAACUGUAGCAGGAACUGCAGAGUGGUGCUGGUGGAGAACAUCCCAGAUGACAUCUCCUUCUUAGACAAUAGUACAUCACACCUCCCUCUGUCAGUGGGGCUGUACGACUUACUGGACCGAGCUAUCCGGGCCGUGGAGAUAGUUUCCCCGCUGUGGAUCCUCAAUUCUUCUGAUUAUGAGUCCAGCUUCCAGCCUGCUGCCAGACAGGGAAGGGCUCUGCUGUCCAGGCUGCAGGGGCUGAAAGCUAAAGGGAUCCAGCUGAAGAUCUCCAGCGGGAUGAUCGACUCCACUGAGCUCGGGAUCCUCGCCAAACACUAUGCUGAAGUCCACUAUGUGAACACGACAGCGCUGACCAAAGGCAACCUCCACUCGUCCUUCUGGGUGGUGGACAGGAAACAUUUCUACAUCGGCAGCGCCAGCAUGGACUGGAGAUCCCUGGCCACAAGGAAGGAGCUGGGUGUGUUGGUGUACGACUGCAGCUGCCUGGCUCUGGACCUCCACAGAGUGUUCAGCCUGUACUGGGGGCUCCAGUAUAAAGACUUCAUCCCCUCCUUCUGGUCCAAGCGCCUCUUUGCCCUCUUCAACAGGGACGAACCACUGGAACUCACUCUCAACAGCACAAAGGCUCAGGCUUACGUCUCUAGCUCGCCAGAUGUUUUCAUCCCCAAAGAUCGUAGCAGUGAUCUUGACGCCAUUUCCAGAGUCAUCCAGGAGGCUCGCCAGUUCAUAUAUAUAUCCAUCAUCGAUUACCUGCCCCUUCUCGGCCGCAGUGCUCAAAGGUACUGGUCUCGUAUCGACGGCCUUAUCCGGGAGGCUUUGAUCCUGAGGAAGGUCCGGGUCCGUCUGCUGAUAAGCUGCUGGGAAAAGACUCAUCCACUUACUUUCAACUUCAUCUGGUCCCUGAAGAGUUUGUGCAUGGAGCAGGCCAACUGCUCACUGGAAGCUAAGUUCUUCAACCCCAGAGUGCAGAGGGAUGGCAGUCUCCAGGGAGUAAACCACAACAGGUUUAUGGUGACAGACAGAGCCAUUUAUUUAGGUAACCUUGACUGGGUGGGGAAUGAGUUCAUCUUUAACGCAGGAGCAGGCCUGGUGAUCAGUCAGCCAGAGGGCAUCGAGGAGAGGAACUCUACAGUGGUGGAGCAGCUACGGGCUGCUUUCGAGAGGGACUGGUUUUCACGUUACACCCGCUCACUGCAGGCCAACAAGAUCCCCGUCUGCAACAAGCACCAGAUCAACAGGCUGGUGCCAGGCAAAACCAGCCACUUAGACAAUGGACCAGUGCCUAUCAGAAUAGGCCAGCAUGAUAAUGGGCCUGCACCGAUCAGAGGCAGUCACAAAGAUGAUGCGCAUGUGGCAGUUAAAACAAGGCACUAUGACGAGAGACUGAGCAAAAUGAGUCGCCAAGGCAAGGCCAGUGGACUGGCGCCAGUUAUAGACAGUUACCAAGAGAGGGGACGAGUCAAAAUGAGUCAACUUGACAACAGACAGGUACAAGUCAAAGGUACCCACCGUGACAAUCCAAUGGAACCACCCACUCAGUCAGCUGAGAGCAGCGGCAGCAGAGAGAUCUUCAAUGGAUCCCUGUGACUACAAGUGUGAUGGGUUCCUUUUCGCUGAAUGAUGUUUGGAGAAUCGCUCUUUUCCAGGAACAGUGGAUUUAACACACUGGGUCUUUGUAGCAUUUUAUUGUUACCAUUUUGAAGAAAAAAACUUUAAAGAUAUAAGUAACAUCUGGUUUGCAGGACUUGAUGAUGUUCACAGAAGAACUCAGGAAGGAAAGUAAACGCUCCGCUGCAGUCUGGCACAUUUGAUGGAUAUUUUUUAAAGAAUGAAACCAAAACAUUUUGGUUCAUACGACAAACUGUAAUAAUAACUUACAGCCUUGCUCCUUAUUUAAUCUUUUUUGUCUCCUUGUUGAGAUCUCUCAAGCAAAGGAAACAGAUGAAAUCUUACUGAUUGCCUAAUUAUUGUUGUCACUUUAGCUGUUUGUGGCAGUCAUAAUGUAUCACCCUUUAAAAGGGGAAUGACGCCUGCAUGCCCCUGCAGAGAUGGGAGGCAGUGCAGCACGUGUAGCUACACUAGCUACAUUUAGCAUUAAAGAUACACUCCAAAGUAGUGGGGGAUUUACUACACAGCUUUAUAUGCUGUGUGUACUCAGAUUGGUAGUGGACACUUGGCCUCAUGUAAAUAGUUUGUGCAUCUCCAGCAGUAUUCUGAAGUAAGUUACUGUGCAUUCAAACAGUUACUUAAAACUGUAAAGUUAUUUAUUACAGUCAGUUGGUAUCUUCAUCCCAGACCAAAUCAACAUGAUACCACUAGUUUAAUAAACUACAUUGGAUCAA